UAUAUAUAUAGGUUCUUAGUGAGACAGUGGGAGCACAUUAAUACAAGGGUACAAGCAACACAAAAUAGUAAAAUUAGCAAAGCAAGAUGGGUAAGUGUACGAAGAGAGCAGUUCUGGUGGGAUGCAACUACCCCAAGACCCAAUUCGGCUUGCAUGGAUGCAUCAAUGAUGUGAAUACCAUAAAAGCUGCGAUCCUGAAAUUUGGGUUCCACGAAAGCGAUAUUAAUGUCCUCACCGAUGCGCCAGGGUCGUCGGUUCUGCCUACUGGUGCAAACAUUAGGGAUGCACUUAAUAGAAUGGCGCGCGAUGCUAAAGCAGGAGAUGUCCUAUUUUUCUACUUCAGUGGACAUGGAACACGCAUUCCAAUCUUUCAACCUGGCCAGCCUUUCAAGCAAGAUGACGCAAUUGUGGCUUGUGACUUAAAUCUUAUCACUGAUGUGGACUUCAGGCGUUUUGUUAACCGGCUACCAGAUGGAGCAAGCUUCACAAUCCUAUCAGAUUCGUGCCACAGUGGUGGUCUCAUUGAAAAAGAGAAAGAACAAUUUGGUGCUGAGCAUACGACGACACGAGAUUAGUGCCACUGUGGUGGUCUCAUUGAAAAAGAGAAAGAACAAUUUGGUGCUAAGCAUAGGACGACACCAGUAAAAUCCAACAGGCCUAAACCGUCUAAGGUUAAGGCUAAGAGUCUUCCUUUUGAUGACAUAGAUCGUGUGAUAGAUAAAGUAGCAGGCAUCGCACACGAUGUAGUAGAUAUUGGCCGAAAGAUUCCCGGAAUCUACGGGAAAGAUGUGAGUCUCAAAUUCCAUCCUCACUACGUAGAUGGGUUAAUGGUGUUGGAUCCACUGAAGGAGGAUGAUGGGAUUUUAAUAAGUGGGUGUGAAGCCAAUGAGACAUCAUAUGACCUGGUUUUGGGGAAUGAAGCCUUUGAGGCGUUCACUCAUGCAGUGGUUAACGUACUCAAUCAGCACAAGGGUGCUGGAAUAAGCAACAGACAACUUGUGGCUGAGGCUACCAUCAGUUUGAAGGAGAAUGGAUUCUUGAAGGAGAAUGGAUUCAAGCAGAACCCUUGCCUUUAUUGCAGUGAUGAGAAUACAAGCACACCUUUCUUGGGUGGCUUUGCUUAAAUUUCUGAUCAAAAUGCUGGUGCUCAGGCUGUCAGUGUCAUUAAUAAUAAUGUGCUUAUGUUUUGCAAUACUACUAGAAUAAAUUUGACAGUCUGUUGACUUAUAUCUACCUACCGCGGAUUUCCUAUGCAUCUCCUUAUAUAGCGUGCGUUUAGUACGUGUGAAAUUCUAGUGUAUAAAUAAAGAAAUAAAAACUUUUUAUUGUCUUA